AUUUACUAAGUUAAUCCUUUCACAAAUAGAGUUUGUUCAAUUUUACAAGCAUUGUGGAGUGCACUGCCUUCUGUCUUUCAUUUCAAGAAUUGUAAUAGCUUAUCGUGCCUGUACAAGUACCACUCUAUUAGUGCAAAUUUGUGGUGAAUUUUAGCGAAGCUUACAGAUAAUCUAGUUUAAAUGGAAAAUUUACGGGAUCUCGAGAUAGAAGAGGGCAAGGAAACAGAGAUGAUUCCUCCGUGGACAAGUCACAUUACGAUUCGCGGAUUAGUUGCUAGUAUAGUUAUUGGGAUCAUUUACAGUGUGAUAGUAAUGAAGCUCAAUCUCACCACUGGUUUUGCUCCAAACUUUAAUGUUUCUGCGGCAUUUGUGGCUUUUGCAUUUAUCCGUUCUUGGACAAUGCUACUUCAUAAGGCUGGAUUUGUUUCGCGGCCUUUCACAAAACAGGAAAAUACAGUUAUCCAGACUUGUGCUGUUGCGUGUUAUAGCAUUGCCUUUGGAGGUGGGUUUGGUUCAUAUGUUUUGGGGCUAAAUAAGAAAACGUAUCUGCAAGCUGGGGUUGAUACGGAGGGGAAUCCACCUGGUAGCUACAAGGAGCCAGCAAUUGGUUGGUUAAUUGGUUUCCUCUUCGUCAGUAAUUUUGUUGGGUUGCUGACAUUGGUACCUCUCCGAAAGGUUCUGGUAAUAGACUAUAAAUUAGCAUAUCCAAGUGGUACAGCAACAGCAGUGCUGAUCAAUGGGUUUCAUACCCCCAAGAAAGACAAAAAGGCCAAGAAGCAGAUUCAUGGAUUUGUAAAAUAUUUCUCAGUCAGCUUUCUCUGGGGAUUCUUUCAGUGGUUUUAUUCUGGUGGGAAAGGUUGUGGAUUUGCAAACUUCCCUACAUUUGGGUUACGAGCCUGGAAACAAUCAUUCAAUUUUGAUUUUAGCUUGACAUAUAUUGGAGCUGGGAUGAUCUGUACUCAUACAGUGAACUUGUCUUUGCUCUUUGGAGCUGUGCUUUCUUGGGGACUAAUGUGGCCGCUCAUAGGAGAACAAAAAGGUGUCUGGUUUCCCGAAACACUACCAGAAAGCAGCAUGAAGAGUUUAGAUGGAUAUAAGGUUUUCAUAUCCAUUGCUCUCAUCCUAGGAGACGGGAUCUACAACUUUUCAAAGACACUAUAUUUCACUGCCAGUAGCAUCUAUGCCAAUUUGAAUAAGAAAACUAACCGAAUAUCUUCAGUUGAUGAUACAUAUGCCCUUGAUGAUCAUCAACAAAAUGAAUUAUUCCUUAGGGACAGAAUUCCCUUAUGGUUAGCCUGUAUGGGAUACAUGCUCUUUUCUGUCAUCUCAAUUAUUCUCAUCCCUCAAAUAUUUCCUCAGCUCAAGUGGUAUUUUGUUCUCGUGACCUACGUUCUUGCACCUUUUCUAAGCUUCUGCAAUGCUUAUGGAGCUGGGCUGACUGACCAAAACAUGGCUUAUAAUUACGGAAAAGUAGCCCUAUUUAUAGUUGCCGCUUCAUCUGGGAAAAACAAUGGUGUGAUUGCAGCACUUGUUGCAUGCGGUCUAGUAAAAUCUAUGCUUUCAAUGGCUUCAAAUUUAAUGCAAGAUUUAAAGGCAGGGCAUCUAACCCUCACCUCCCCUCGAUCAAUGCUGCUAAGUCAGGCCAUUGGAACAGCAAUAGGUUGUGUGGUAGCACCCGUCACAUUCAUGAUCUUUUACCAUGCUUUUGAUAUUGGAAAUCCUGACGGAGAGUACAAAGCUCCAUACGCUAUCAUAUACAGAAACUUGGCAAUUUUAGGCGUCGAAGGUUUUUCUGCAUUGCCUCACCACUGCUUACAACUUGCUUACGGGUUUUUUGCCUUUGCCAUAUUAGCCAAUCUUGUAAAAGAUAUAUCUCCAGAGAAGGUAGGGAAGUGGAUGCCACUUCCAAUAGUGAUAGCUGUGCCAUUUCUCGUCGGGGCUAACUUUGCUAUCGAUAUGUGCAUGGGGAGUUUGGUUGUUUUUCUGUAUGACAGGCUAAACAAGAGGAAAGCCAAUUUUAUGGUUUCUGCAAUUGCAUCAGGUUUGAUCUGUGGAGAUGGCUUGUGGAUUCUUCCUGCCUCUAUUCUUGCAUUGGCUAAAGUCCAUCCUCCAAUCUGCAUGAACUUCCUGGCUGCAAAAUCUUAGUGAAGUUUACUUUAAUCAAAUGUCAUUUUUUAAGGGAACAUGUAUUUGCACACCAAAGCUAUGUAGUUGAAAAGUUUUCAAGA